AUGCCUCCUCCUUCUGUCCUCGUUCCCGCGAUUCUGGGCCCAAAUGCUUGCCUUCGUUCCUUCUGUCUGCUCCUCGUGGUCUUCAUUGUCACCGUAGUCGCCGUUGCCAAUCCCGCCGACGACGCUUUGUUGACCGCCACUAUCUUAUCGCCGCCUAAUCGUACUAUCCCAAUCGGGAAAACAUACAUCAGUGGUAGUACGCCCAUCCCCACUGUUUCUUCUACCACCUUUCCUUCCUUGUCGCCUAACACUGCUGCUCGUUAUAACGAGGCUGGAGUUGCUCCUCAAUCUGUAUCCACUUGCGACUCCUCCGACGGUGCAGCUCCUCUUAGCACCUAUGAGCAGAUGGUUCAGAAGACUACCGCAGCAAUCAUCACUCUCUCCUCAAUUAUCGCCUAUGUGACACUUAACACUUUUGUCCGUGCGGUAAAGCCGUCGGCAUUUAUUUGGUACGCAGAGGACUAUGAUGAGAAGGAAUGGAUCGCUUCUUCGCCUUCAUGGCUUGACCGGAAAGCCUGUCGGUGGCUCGGGGUUUGUGGUACCGCCCAUUUCCAUCCCGUUCACCCACGCUUCGGCCAUCGCAAAGCUAGUUCAACGGUCGAAGAAGUAGAUGUACCCACUUGGCGAGAUUACUGGGGAAAUGAGACAAUCCAUCCCGAGGAAGACUGGGACGCAGCGGAACGCUCUCGUCGACACAUUCCAGACUAUGUUCUCGAAUAUGCUCCUCUCGUGCAUCUAUUCUCCGGAGAGCAGUUCUGGCCGUGCGAUAUAGCGGAGCAUCUCUAUCACGUCACUCCCAUGCUGAAUUAUACCCCAAUCCAAUCGAAGUGGGAUCAUCCGACUCUGCAGGAUCUUGAUCAGCUCAACAAAUGGGAAGCGGGUGACAAUGUGUUCCUUACCAGCAAUGAUAAUGUAGAAGAACGACCUCCAUGGAUGGAAGGAGAGAAGAAUAUCCCCAGCCCUCCGGAAGAAGAACCCGAGCCCUCAUGGGCCGAUUGGGAUGGCCGGGUAGACGGACCAUUUCCGGAUGAUACGCCAGAGAAUCGGGCCAAAUGGUACGACACGCAGCUGCCCCUGCAGGACAGGGACGCGGAAAAUAUUUCACCGGAUAACCUUGGCUAUCUCAUGCCGGACGAAGAGCAGGUUCGCGAGGAACUUCGGAAGCGAUAUGGAGGCGAACCGAUAUCGAUCAAAGGAGUAGGUGGGCGGAGUGACGCGCCCGCCAUUCUACUUGUUCUUGACAAAGGCAAUGGCAUUGUGGACGCUUUUUGGUUCUACUUUUAUAGCUUCAAUCUGGGGAACGUGGUGCUCAAUGUGCGGUUCGGCAACCAUAUUGGAGAUUGGGAGCAUUGCUUAGUGCGGUUCCACAACGGAAAGCCCAAGGCACUUUUCUUCAGCGCCCAUUCCGGGGGUGAAGCGUACAGCUAUGAGGCCGUGGAAAAGAUUGGCCGACGACCGGUCAUUUACUCAGCCACGGGUACACAUGCUAUGUAUGCCACUCCAGGAGUGCAUUCGUACAUCCUCCCGUGGGGCCUUCUCCAUGAUCAAACAGACAAAGGACCUCUCUGGGAUCCUCUCCUCAACUCCCAAAUUUAUACUUAUGACCAUGUCAAUGAUGACCUUCGUGCUUCAUCCUUCAACCCAUCCGCGCCGACAGAAUGGUUCUAUUUCAACGGCCAUUGGGGUGAUAAAUUCUAUCCUCUGGGAGAUCGUCGACAGUAUCGCUUUGCUGGCCAGUAUCACUACGUGAACGGGCCCAUUGGCCCUCGAUUUAAGCACCUUGGCCGCCACAAAGUAUGCCAGGGGCCCGAUAAUGCGCCCUGUAUUAUCAGAGACUUCAUCGGAGAGAGGAAACGGGCCAAACGGUGGUCCGUAUCUGGGCCUGAGAAUCCUUACGAUUAUGCCGAUUGA